AUGAAAUUAUUGGUCAUACUUUUUUGUUUAGUGAUAUUUUUUUUUGAGGAAAACAUCGGUGUUAAAAUAUACACAAAUGAUUCAGCCAUAUUUGAUAUUAACAAGGUGCUAAAAAGCAGACUUUCAGUGCUAUACAGAAAAGGAAACAAAUUAAACAACUAUUUUUUUUCGUAUAUUGAGAAAAAUGGCAAGAAGAACAAGUGUUAUAAAUACAUACAAGAUGCCUUGUAUGACCCGAACACCCAGAUAAUGAAAAGAGAAGUAUUUAAAUGUUUAAAUACUAGUAGGGAUAUACUGAGCAAAACAUUCCACGAUGUUAUUAACAAGCUAUUUCUAUACAUUAAAAAUGUCUUUAUAAAAAAGUAUUUCAUUUUUUUCCUUCUAUAUUUGAUAAACAUUAAUUGCGAAAGUUUAGUGUCGCAAAUUAACGAUCCCUAUGUGCUGAACAAUUACAAUUUGUCUGAAAACGCCUCUCCCGCCCUGUACAAUUUGAAGUAUGAGGAAGUGGAAAUACCGAUUGGAGCAAAAAUAAAAGGUUGGCUAAUUAAGUCGAACAAAAAAAGCAACAAAUUAUUUUUACUGCUACAUGGAUAUAACAGCAAUAGGCAAGCAUGUUUAUUCUUUUUAAAUAUUUUAAAAAAAUUAAAUGUACAUCAUGAUACGAAUAUAUUUAUACCAGAUAUGAAAAAUUUCAACGAAAAGGGAGUAGAAGAUAUAUACAACAUUUUAAUUUACUUCAAAGAUAAAAUGGCAUUAAAUGAUGUAAAUGUGUACACGCAAUCAUCGACGAACCUUCUUGUUUUGCUUUUGUCAAAACAUUAUAAGAACAAAAUUGUUAGUAAGUCUAAACAGAAAUUUAUCAACAAUAUUAUUCCCUAUAGCAGUGAUAAGAAAAAUUCUCAGGAGGAUGUUAUUUAUAUAGACAAGUACAUAUUUGACUCCCCCAUAUUGAAUCUCCACAGAACAAUUAACAUUCAUUUUAAAUUGCACGAUAUCCAGAAAAAAAUAAAUGAAGAAAAAAUGAAAGCUAAUGUUGAUAUGAAUAAUUUGUAUGACAAGAAGACUGUGUUGAGUUAUUUUAUUUCCUUUUUUAUGUGGCUACUGAACAACCAACUGAAGGGACACCUGUACGAUUUCGACUUUAACAAACUAGUUAAUGAAAAUAAUAUCAACCCUGCGAACAUAUACAUUUUGCACUCCCUCAAUGAUAACAUUUCGCUCUUGAAUAUCCUCUCCCAAGAAGUUAAGGAAAACAGAUUAUUGCCCCUCAAAAAUAUUUACAUAUUUAAGAACGGGCGACACGGAAAUAUUUACGAGUCCUCAAAGAAGGAAUAUGACUUGAUCGUGAAGAGGAUUAUAAAGGGAUUCAACAUUUUCGAUUUUCUGUACUACAUCCCCAUGCGCUCCAAGAUGAGUUCCCUCAGUUUUUAG